AUGCCAGUUGCCCGUCGAACAACUGUUGAUUGUUCGGUCAUCAAAAAAUUCUCCGGUUGGAUCGCGUAUGGAUCGUAUCUCGAGGCUAUCUCAUUAUCCGCGCAAAACAAUGAGCCACCACCGGCGCGCGAUAUACUUUGCGAAAACAAAAAACGCCCAAAUGGACGAUUCAAGAUGAUUCAUUAUUUUCUAUUAAUUGAACUUAUUGGCGGUGUUGCGCCGAUUUUCACAGAUCGAAUUGUCAAAAGUCCGAAAGUUGUAAAAAGUGUCAAUUAUGAAGAUUUCUCCUUGCUUUGUGCCGAUGGAAUUCCAUUGUUAAUGGAGGACCACAAGCCAAGACCCUGCCAGCCAAGACCGUGGCUUCCAGAGCAUAAAUGUCCUACAGGAUUUUGGUGUCACGAAGGCCAAUCCGAAGCUAGUUUUUAUUGUUGUCCAAGCAGUCGAAAAUUCGCCAACAAAUGCCAUUUGCCUCCGGCAGUAGGCUAUGGCAAACAGCGAAUGAGGCGAUUUUAUUUCGAUUGGAAAACUGAUGCUUGUCACGAGCUCCAAUAUUCGGGAAUUGGUGGAAACGAGAACAGUUUUAUGGAUUAUGAAAAGUGUGAAACGGCUUGUAGAGGCGCUGGCGAGCCGCCAAUUCUGCUUCCAAGUAACAUGAAAAUUCUUCCAAAAGAUAACUUAAAGGAGAAAAAGGUUGUCUAUCCAAAGGAGGUUGCUUCGAAAGUUUCACUAGCCCCUCCUACUCAACCUACUCCUAAAAAGGAAGAACUCGUUGAGGUGUUCUAUACAGCGUCUCCACAAACUGCCACGCCAACAACCCCUGCCACAACCGCUACUACUUCUCAAAGGACAUCAACUACUACAUCUACUUCCACCACCACCACCACCACCACCACCACAACUCCCCGCCCGAUUGAUCCAAAUCCUUGUGAUAUUGCUCCAGACAAGGGAGAAGCUGGACAAAUGGUUGUCUCAAUGUGGUAUUUUGACUCGUCUUCACACUCGUGCAGCCCAUUUGUCUAUCUUGGAAGUGGUGGAAACUCGAAUCGAUUUUCGACGUCUGAAGAAUGUGUGCAGACUUGUGGCAUUGGAAAACCAACGCGAAAAUCGUGCGAGCAGCCGCCGGCGGUUGGAGAUGGUCCCUUCAAUAUUCCACGAUAUUAUUUCGAUCAAGUGACAAAAAAGUGUGAGCAGUUCUUCUACUCGGGACGCAAUGGAAACAGUAAUCGAUUUUAUAAAAAGAAUAAAUGCGAACGGUUGUGUCUCAGAAAAAAAACCAAGAAGAAGGAGAAUAUUCCCGAAUACAUAUCUACGAGUGCCUCUUUCGAGACGUUCAGCACCGUUUCCGUUCCAGACACGACAACUCAUCCACCUACAAUGCGCAUUGUUCAGAAUCUUGUUCCAGAAUUCACCAAUGUGUUUGAGUUCACUACUGUAGAGCCAAUAAGAAGCUCAUUCAUUACGGUUGCGCCAUACGAAGAAGUCUAUGCGGAGACCACUCCAUCAUCCUAUCCAACGCUUAUAUAUCCCCCUAGAGGAGAAGAGUUCCCAACAAUCAGUCCAAUUGUUCAGCAGCCUGCUUCCAAAAUUGCUGAUCGCGUAUUUUCGUCUUUAAUGACGUCCCAAGAACAAAAAGUGGUUGAAAUCAAUCCAGUUGAGACCACCACACAGAAGGUGUCCUCUCAUGAAUAUAUAAUGGAGAAGUCUCUACCACCAUAUUCUAUGAAUUCCCACAAUUCGUAUCGGUAUGGAGUGCAGCCCGCCUCACCUCUUGCUCCAAUUCCACAACCAGCUGCUCCAAUUCCACAGACAGUUGCUCCAAUUAAUCAAUACCCAAUGCCGCAAUUCCCGCCGGUUAUUCAAUUGCCGGAGCAGGUAUCGGCUUCCAGGGUUUACUCGACCGUCCCAGUUCCGCCCCAUUCUCAAACGGAAUCCCCAAUGUUCACAUUCGUCUUUUCGGGCUUCGAGAAUAAUCAAACCACGAUUGCUCCAUAUUUCCCCAACGCUUAUGUGAAACCGGAUCCCUACGUUCCAUUCCCUGCCGCUACACCAUCAGCUUUCAUUCCAAUCACUAGUCCAACCACCAUCGCCACCACCACCACCACUACUCCUACUACAACCACAACCACACCACCACCUCUUCCGCCUUCUCUCUCUCCUCCACCUUCGACACUUCCUCCUUCAAAUCAUAAAUUUAUUACAUCAAUUUCAAAUGAUUCGCCAUGUCGAAGGCACGUAUUCGGAGACGCAACUAUCAUGUGUGAGGCAAGACCCGAAGUGUGCCCAUUUGGUACAUUCUGCCAAAUUGGGCAAGGCCAGAGUAUUUGCUGUCCAAUCUUAGAUGAACCACCAUGUGAGCAAUCAGUAGAAGAAGGCAUAGGAAAUUCGCAAAUUCGCAGAUGGUACUUCGAUCCAGCAACUCGCCUCUGUCAGCCAUUUGUUUUCAGAGGAUUCAAAGGAAAUCAAAAUAAUUUCCUGUUGUUCGAUGACUGCCAACGAGCUUGUGGUGCCACCAAUGUGUGCACCCGCGGCACACCCCAACUCGCCAUUCACAAUCACCUUCUCUCGUGUUCAUUCGAUUCGGAUUGUCCGCCAGUCUUCAGUUGUGUUCUCUCAACGCCGCACAAUCUGUGCUGUCCGACAGAUCCGUCGGCGAGUUUCCCAACAUUGGCACCGGCGUCGAACUCGAUUCCGUCUGGCUUGCCAAACAGUCUCGUCAUUGAUUUUGUGGCGCCUAAUGUGUGUGAGCAACCAAUUGAUGAAGGAUUCGGUCUUUCUUCGGAGCAUCGUUGGGCAUUUUCAAAUGGUCAAUGUUCGUCAUUCUUAUAUAAAGGGCAAGGCGGUAAUAUGAACAACUUUUUAACCAAAAAUGAUUGUUCAAAUAGAUGUGAAAAAGAGCAAACAGGAAGAUGCUCACAACCUGCAGAAAGUGGCCACGCCGAUCAAUACAUCUCGAGAUAUUUCUAUUCGCCUGAAUAUCGCCAAUGCCUUCAUUUCAUUUAUUCGGGAGAGGGUGGAAAUUCGAAUAAUUUCGAAACAUUAACGGAAUGCCUUGAAGUCUGUGUUGCAAAUGGAGUGAAAUUCAGCUCACUUGCCAAAAACAAUCUGCCACAAGCGUCGCUUCCUCAAACGUCAACUCAAUCGCAAAUCAAUUUCUCAUUCCUGCCUCGACAAAUGUGCCCGCAAGGCGAUCCUCUCGUCACGAUCGACGGCACGCCCAUUGAAUGCGACUAUCGACGAGCAGCGAAAUGCCCUGGAGAUCAUGUGUGUACUCCAGUCGGAGAACAUGCCUAUUGUUGUCCUUCACCAAUGAAUUACUGCCUUCAAAGCAGGCCGGCAUUGUCGGUAUGCAAUGCGCCGAAUUUUGAGCCAAUUAAGGAGAUACGAUUCACUUAUGAUCCACUUGCAGAUAGGUGCAUUAGGUUCAAUUACCAGAACUGUCGCAAUAAUCCGAGCAACUCGCUAAAUAAUUUCCUCACAAAUACUCAAUGCUCAAGGCUUUGCUGUAAUCAGGGCUACAACCUGGUUUACAAACGGCGACUUUUGAAGAAUUUGAUGCAUGAUGAGCCGAUAGAAGACUAA